CACCCCUCCCACCAUGAAGGACCGGACUCAGGAGCUUCGCAGCGCCAAGGACAGCGACGACGAGGACGAGGUGGUGACAGUGGACAGGGACCACUUCAUGGACGAGUUCUUCGAGCAGGUGGAGGAGAUCCGGGGGUGCAUCGAGAAGCUGUCGGAGGACGUGGAGCAGGUGAAGAAGCAGCACAGCGCCAUCCUGGCAGCCCCCAACCCUGAUGAGAAGACCAAACAGGAGCUCGAGGACCUCCGGCCGACAUCAGAAAACGCGAACAAAGUCCGGUCCAAAUUGAAAGCCAUCGAGCAGAGCAUCGAGCAGGAGGAGGGGCUGAACCGCUCCUCGGCCGACCUGCGCAUCCGCAAGACACAGCACUCGACGCUGUCGCGGAAGUUCGUGGAGGUGAUGACCGAGUACAACGCGACGCAGUCCAAGUACCGCGACCGCUGCAAGGACCGCAUCCAGCGCCAGCUGGAGAUCACCGGAAGGACCACCACGAACGAGGAGCUGGAGGACAUGCUGGAGAGCGGGAAGUUGGCCAUCUUCACCGACGAUAUCAAGAUGGACUCGCAGAUGACCAAACAGGCGCUGAACGAGAUCGAGACGCGGCACAACGAGAUCAUCAAACUGGAGACGAGCAUCAGGGAGCUGCACGACAUGUUCGUGGACAUGGCCAUGCUGGUGGAGAGCCAGGGCGAGAUGAUCGACCGCAUCGAGUACAACGUGGAGCACUCGGUCGGCAUCGAGCGCGCCGUGUCCGACACCAAAACCGUAAAGUACCAGAGCAAAGCCCGGAGGAAGAAAAUCAUGAUCAUCAUCUGCUGCGUGGUGCUGGGGGUGGUCUUGGCCUCCUCCAUCGGGGGCACCCUGGGCUUGUAGGGCCCUCCUCCCC